UACACCGAUCAGCGAAAACACCUUUCCUUCACAACCAGGAUUAACCUUAUGCUCAGUUUAAUCAACACUAGCGCUUCUAUUGGAUCAGCCCACCCAGGCAAACCUUUACUCCCCAUGUGCAUCAGUGAGCCUUGGCCACCCAUGCUCCUGUCUGUUACCAGUUUUCCUUCCUUGGAUCACUUUUGGUAUGUCCUGACCACUGCAGGCCAGGAACCUCCCACAAGAGCUGUAGUGUUGGAGUUGCUCUGACCCAGCCUUCUAGCUAUUACUAUUCGUACACCCAUGGCUGUGGGGAAUAAUUUAAUUCAGUUUAAUUUGUAUAAUGAUUUACCCCAACAAAAACCAUCUGGUCUGAUUUCACAGAGUAGUGGAAAAUUGUUGAAAAAGGGAUACUUGCCAUAAAAAGGUACCAGGACCCCCAUUGCACCAGAGCCUGCAGCGCAUUGGGUCCAACAGCCCAGGGCUGCCAAUCUGGCCUGUGAACUGCCUAUUUACAGUAUCAGUCCAGUCAAGCACACAUGGGAUGCGGCCAGAUAUUCUGCCAGGAUGCCACAGAGCCACAAGGGAGCCCAAAACCUAGAUUACAGUUUGAGGAGGAAAAUAUGCAUCACUCACAAGACAAACCGCGUUGCAGAUUCUUUAAGAUCUGCAGACCAGGAAAACCGCACUCCACCAGGAACCUUGAAGAUCAGGAACGUUUGAAUCCAGUACACAGAAAAUGUCGAUAAUGGACCACAGCCCCACCACUGGCGUCGUGACGAUCAUAGUGACCCUGAUCGCCAUCGCCGCCCUGGGAGCGCUGAUCUUCGGCUGCUGGUGCUACUUGCGCCUACAACGGUUCACUCAGUGCGAGGAUGAGGAGAGCAUCGUUGGCGAAGGCGAAACCAAAGAGCCUUUCCUCCUGGUGCAGUAUUCUGCCCGUGUUCCUCGGGCAGACCUUAAAAGCAAACUCGCUCCUGUUGGCACCGAGAGCCACAGCUAAUUAAAUGUUCUCUUUGGAUGGAACAUAUUCUGGGUCCAUGGGGGAAUCGGAUUUCUUUUAUAUAUUACAAACAUAUAACCGAGAAAUGGUUUCAGGUUAAAUGCAGAAGAAACAAAGCUAACGCAUGUAUAUGUCCAGCUGCUUUUAAAGUCCUCUUACCCGUAGGUUGAAUGUUUUAUGCACUUUAUGGUUGUCCGUCGGAAUCCUGUUAUAAUGUGAAACUGAUACGUUUGUGUUUUUAACAACUAGCCAACAUUUUAUUUAUCUGCUUAAUUAUGUCCUUGGGUACAGAUAUAUCUUUCGUUGUGCUGUUGUAGAAGAACUCACCAGAGCUGGCUCUGGUUGAAAGAAAAUGCGUGCACAUGCCUAAUGGAAAAAGAUUGAUCGAUUGUGUACGGAUUCAAAAAUCCAUUUAUAAUGUCAAUUAAAUCUGUCGUUUGUGA